UCAGCCAAUUGCCUAUUGAGAGAAAAGCAAGUUGGUCGGAAGGUAGGUUUCCCAUUGGGUGGAGAGCUCGCUCCUCUUCUCACAUUGUUCUGGCAAGAACUUGCUGCCGCUUUUCGUGUGACUGAGAAAGGGAAAAUGUCUAGUACACGAGUAGCUGUGGUAACUGGAUCCAACAAAGGCAUUGGUCUGGCUAUUGUGAGAGCCCUGUGCAACCAGUUCUCGGGGGAUGUGUAUUUGACAGCCCGGGACCCUGAACGAGGCAAAGCAGCAGUGACACAACUGUCAGGAGAAGGAUUAAAACCACUUUUCCACCAACUGGAUAUUGCUGAUCUCAAGAGUAUCCAAACCCUCCGUGAUUUCCUCAAGGAAAAAUAUGGAGGAUUGGAUGUGCUAGUCAACAAUGCUGGGAUUGCUUUCAAAGUUGCAGAUACAACCCCAUUUGCUGUACAAGCAGAAGUCACACUGAGAACAAACUUCAUUGCAACCAUGAAUGUUUGCACAGAACUGCUGCCACUAUUGAAACCCAAUGGGAGAGUAGUCAAUGUAUCUAGCGUGCUUUCAAUUUCAGCAUUGUCCAGAUGCAACCAGGAUCUGCAGAAGAAAUUUCGGAGUGACACAAUCACUGAAGAGGAACUAGUGAAACUCAUGGAAAAAUUUGUGGAAGAUUCCAAGAAGGGAGUGCAUGAGAAGGAAGGCUGGCCAAGUACUACUUAUGGAGUAUCUAAAAUAGGAGUGACAGUUUUAUCAAGAAUUCAGGCAAGGCUGUUGAACGAGACAAGAAAAAACGAUGGUAUUCUCCUGAAUGCUUGUUGUCCUGGGUGGGUCAGAACAGAUAUGGCAGGUCCCAGAGCCACAAAAAGUCCAGAUGAGGGAGCUGAGACUCCAGUUUAUUUAGCACUUUUACCUCCUGGUGCUACUGAACCCCAUGGCCAAUUUGUUAGUGAAAAGAAAGUUCAGAAAUGGUAACUCUGCUACUGCAUUAUGCUUCUGUAUAUAAGCACUGGAAGUUUUAGAUGCUACAAAGAUCUUGGCAGUUAAGAAGCAAAAAGAAAAUUGGGUUCCUUGGAACCCUGACAGAUCUUUGCUACGGGUAUAUCCUCUAGCAGUUGUCCCAAGCUCCUAUGCCAUGGAGGUGAGAACCAACAUACAGCAGAUUGAAGUAAAAUGCAUCCAGUUGCUUAGUAACAUCACUGUUUAAUCUUUUGCUGAGGGUGACAAUUAGUGUUGUAUUUUAGUAACAACCUUAGGGAUUCUCACUCUUCUCUAGAUUUGGGUAGCUUUUCAAUAUUGGCUUUUAAGAUAAUACAUUGUAAAGAUUUAUAAAGCACACAUGCAUAAUCCUUUUUUAGUUAAGAUAGCUUUCUGUAAUUUAUUAAUUGUGUCAUUUUGAAAACAAAUCUUGACUAUAUAAAACAGUAAAUAAAGUUUAUGAUUAAAUAA